AUGAUGACCCGUGGUGUUAGAGAGUUGAAUCGGCCGAGUGAUCAGCUGAGCCGUGACCUUGUUACCCAGUCAAGCUUAGGCUUAGGAUGCUUCCAGAUCAGGAACAGGAAGAAAAGGAUGACCAGACUCAGGCGUUCUUCCUUAAACGCCCUUCUGCCUACCACUUUCCAAUCCUCCAGCUCCAGUUCCAGCUCCUCCUCCUCGCACGUGCCACAGCCACAGCCCCAGCCCCAGCCCCAGCCCAUCCCUCUCCCUCCCGCACGUGCAAUUGAUCCAGCAAGGUUGAGGUUUCUUUUCCAGAAACAGCUUCAACAUAGUGAUGUAGGCUCCCUCAGGAGAAUGGUUCUCCCAAAGAAAGCAGCUGAAACUCACCUCCCGGUCCUGGAGUCCAAGGAAGGGUUCCCUAUAUACAUGGAUGAUAUGGAUGGUCGGCAUGUGUGGAGUUUCAAGUACAGGUUUUGGCCAAAUAACUCCAGCCGAAUGUAUGUACUAGAAAAUACUGGGGAAUUUGUUAAUACACAUGGCUUGCACCAGGGAGACUUCAUUGUUUUGUACAAAGAUUAUCUAAACCAUAAUUAUGUCAUUCAAGCCAGGAAAGGUUCUGAGCCAGACCCGCAUGGACCGCAUGCUGAAUAUUAUGAGAGUCAUAUCGUGAACGAGGCUAUUCAAGCGAUGCAAGCUUCUACUGAUGCAUAUGGUGGUUCUGGAUGGAAUGCUUCCAAUGAGCUGUUUCUUUAUGAUUUUGAGUUAAAUAGAUCUAAUAACUUUCCUAUGAGUUUCCCCAUAACAGAUGACAGGGACUCCUCGUCGUUCAUAUAUGAAACCACCUCCUCGAAUGACGCUCGGCUUGAUUUCUUGGAGCCAUCAAUGACCAACUAUCCGAGGGGUAACAGAGUGGAAAGCUUCGGAUCCAUUGAGAACCUGUCUAUUGAUGACUUCUACUUAUAAGCUUCCAGUAGAAGUGGCACUAGUAUUGAAUAAUAAGGUAAUACAUACUACCUGUAACAGUAUGGGGGGCAAGGAAUGUACUUAAUGAAAAAGUUAUUAGCAUAUAAGAAGUAUGUAACAAUAAGAAGCACC